AUGGGCUCCCUCCCCGAAGCCGCCGCCUCCGCCGCCGCCAGCGCCGAGCCUCCGGGGGCCUCGCCGGGCGGCGUGCCCCGCGCCGCCGCCGCCUCCGCCGGGAUGGUGCGGGCGGCCGGCGACGCCAGCGCCGAGCCUCCGGGGGCCUCGCCGGGCGGCGUGCCCCGGCGCCAGGAGUCGCCGAUGUUCCGCCUGGACCUGGACAACUUCGACAGCUCGGAGGCGGAGGGCAGCCGCUACGUGCUGACCAGCCCGCGCUCGCUGGAGGCCUGCGCCCGCUGCGGGGUCAGGCCGGUGGAGCUGCUGCACCGCGGCGUCAACGAGUUCGCCCGCGGGGCGCCGGGCCGCUCCAUGAGGGUGGCCAGCGGCCUCUACGAGGUCUACGAGCGGGACCGCCGCAGGAAGCUGAGGGACUGCAGGCAGGAGAGGGAGGAGAUCAUCCGGGAGGAGGAGGAGGAGGGCCUGAGGAGGAGGAGGAGGAGAGCGGGCGGAGGCGGGUUGCUCAGGAACAGCCUGCCCCCUUCCCCGAGCCCCGGCCGGGCCCGCAGCCUGGGCCUGGGCCCGGGCCCGGGCCGCUCCAGGAGCCAGUCGGUGGACCAACUGCAGAGGAAGCCGCCGGCGGGCGGCGAGGUGGCCUCCUCGGACUCGGGCGCCUCCUCCUGCUCCUCGGCGGCCGCCCGGGAGGCGGGCGCGUGGAGCGGCGCCGUGCCCCGGGGCCGGCCGGUGCAGGCCUGGGGCCUGGGCAAGAGCCUGAGCCUGGGCGACCUGUGCCAGUCGCCGGAGACCGCGCAGAAGGUGGCCCGGAUGGCGCGCGAGGUGCGGCGGAGCGCGCGCGCCGAGGUGCCCGCGCGGGACCGCAAGAUCGCCGCGCUGAUGCUCGCCCGGCACCAGGAGGAGGAGCUGCUGAGCAGCCGCAGCCACCGCACGCACGUGGAGUGGGAGGCGCGGCGCCGGCGCGAGGCGGCGAGGCGCGAGGCCGAGGAGCGCGAGCGGCAGAGCGCGCUGCGGCACGGCCAGCGCGCGUGGGAGAGCCGGCGCGAGGCGCGGCGCUCGCAGCUGAGCCGCGAGCAGGGCGAGGCGGCCAGCGUCCGGCAGCAGCGCUCCGCCCUGCACGAGGAGAAGUGGAGGCUGCUGGCGGGCAGCCAGGAGCGCCAGAGGCGGGGCCGGCGGGAGCACGCGAGGCUCGAGGCGCGGGAGAGGAAGGCGCAGCAGGAGCAGCAGCUCAGGGCCCAGGAGCUCGAGGACGAGGCGGGCGUGCAGCUGCGCGGCCGGCUGCUGCACCAGAAGCUGGCGCUGGCCGGGCACAAGAAGGAGGAGAAGGAGCAGAGGCAGGCCGAGCAGAGGAAGCUGGCCAACGCGGUGGAGCGGCUGAAGCACGAGGCCGCCCUGCGGGAGAUCUCCAGGGAGGUGGAGAUGGAGAGGAAGGUGCUGAGGCGGUCCCUGGAGCAGAAGCUGGCCCGCUCGCAGGAGAAGUACGAGCAGCUGGUGGAGAAGCGCAACAGGGAGCUGAGGGAGAGGGCCAGCCGCGAGGAGCUGCAGAUCCGGCGCGCGAGGGUGGCCGCCGAGCAGCACGAGCGGGAGCACCAGCAGCACCUGGAGGCGCUGGCGCGAGCCGCCGACAGGAGGCUGCAGCACGCGACCCAGGUGGCCCAGGAGAAGAUCCACGAGGUGUCCCGCAGGGCCGUGGAGAGCAGGGCGGAGCGGGAGCGGGUGCACCGGCUCAACAGGACGAAGCUGCAGGAGGACGAGGAGUGCAAGCGGAGGGAGAUCCAGGACUCCAUCAGCAGGAAGCUGGAGAAGAGCGAACGCAUCUUCCGGGAGAGGCAGAUCGCCCUGGAGAACUCGCGGUCCUUGGCCAGGGCCUCCUUCCAAAUCCGGGACAAGGUGCGCCUGGAAAUAAACACCAGGACUUUCGACAAGAUGGCCCUCGAGGCAGAACUGCAUGCCCACCUGGACAAAAAGCCAGAAUGCACGGUGUAUUGGAGAGACCGUGCAGAUGCUACGACAAUGGAUGAAUGGACGCCAUGCAGGAACCGGCAGACAGGAAUGUUCCCUUCUAAUUGGGGAAUACUAGACAACGAGGACUGGGGUGUGGUAUUAGCAAGUGAUAAAGAAAAUAUUAGGUUCUACAGUGCAAAUAAGAAAUGGCUUCGAAACUUACAAAAGGAUUUCCUGCAGGGGGCAGAGUUGACCCUGACAGUGUUAAGUGUAAUUUUGAAAGCUGAGUUACUUGAACUGGCAGAGUGA